CUCAGUUGUUUCUGAUCUCUUCAUGAUUUGCCUUAUCCCCACGCCUAACCUUAUGGGAAAAAUUGGCUUCCUCUUCCCUCUUAUGGUUCUGCUCCUAUUGCCUCCCUUUGGGGCUACUUUAUCUGCCGGUUCACCCAACAUCAGCACUGACCAAUUGGCUCUUCUUGUACUAAAAUCCCAUGUCACUUACGACCCUCGAAACUUCUUGGCAUCCAACUGGUCUACUUCUGCCUCUGUUUGCAAUUGGAUUGGGGUCACUUGCGGAUCAAGACACCAGAGAGUCACUGCUCUGAAUUUUUCAGCAAUGAGUCUUACAGGCACCAUUCCACCUCACUUGGGAAAUCUUUCUUUCCUAGCUUGGCUCGACAUUCACAAUAAUAGUUUCCAAGGCUCGUUACCCAUUGAGUUAGCUAAUUUGCGUAGGUUGAAAUAUUUGAACUUUGCUAACAAUAGCUUCAGUGGGGAAUUCCCGUCAUGGUUUGGUUCCUUCACUCAACUUCAGUCGUUGUAUUUGGAUGGCAACAACUUCACAGGCGUUAUCCCAUCUACUCUGGGCAAUUUGUCAAAACUAGAAAUAUUGAUCUUGGAUUACAAUAAUUUGAAAGGGCCGAUACCUGCAGCAGUUGGAAAUCUUUCAAACUUGAAAUGGUUAAUUUUGGAUGAGAAUUACCUUUCAGGUUGCAAUUGGAUACCUUUCUCAAUUUUUAAUGUCUUUAUUCAUUGUAGAAUGUUGAUUUUAGAACUAAUAAUUUCAUUACAGGUCAUCUACGGUCGGGAAUAUUUGAUCACCUUCCUAAAUUACGAGUACUAAGUUUGACAUGGAACCAGAUCUCCGGUGGAAUUCCUAAUAGUUUAUUCAAAUGCAAAGAAUUGGUGUAUUUAUCUUUCCAUAACAAUACUUUGGAGGGAAGUUUGCCCACAGAGAUCGGAAAUUUGACUAUGCUCAACCAAUUGUAUCUCUACAGGAACAACCUCGAAGGCUUCAUUCCUUCCUCAAUCUUCAAUCUGUCUUCGUUGCAAGUAAUUUCAUUAGGAUUAAACAAGCUCUCCGGUCAUCUCUCGCCAGAUAUUUUUGAUCACCUUCCCCGAUUACUAUUUCUUGAUUUGAUUUGGAGUCAACUUUCUGGAAGAAUUCCAACAAGUUUAUUCAAGUGCAAAGAAUUAGAAUAUCUAUACUUGUCUGGUAAUCAAUUGGUGGGGAAUAUGCCUUCAGAAAUUGGGAAUUUUACUUGGCUUAAACAUUUGGGCCUCGACCAGAACAAAUUUGAAGGUAAGCUCAAGGUAUAUUUUGGUGUGCCUAAGAUAUAUAGUGAACAUCACAUAAGAUUAUAUAUGUGAUUAACUGAAAAUUUAUAUUCAUUAAUA